AUGUACACCGGUUCAAGCCAGCCUUUGCCGACACGUUCAACACCAGAAAACACAUCGGACAAUACCUCAAUCCCUGCCGUUAAACAGCCCUUUGUGCCCAAAUUCACAUCACACAAUGCCACUCCGAGUAUCGACAAUCCGGCCUCUUUUUCUUCGAACCCCCGCAUUCAGUUCGACGACCACACCAUAAGUCCCUCGCCGCCUCCUCCCGAAUUCUCGACACAGGACUCUGGCAACGGUUUCAGUACUGCUGCUGGUCACAGCUCUCUUCGGAUCGCGACUGACGUUCGACCGACUGCCCCUAUCAAUAUCGAGUCACGCGGUAGCAAGGCUGUCUCCUCUGGCCGCGAAAGCCUCAACUCGUAUCACGAACCAUUUUCCUCAAGCUUGAAGCCAGUCUCCAGGACACCGAGUACCAAAAGGGCCAUCGCAAACGCGUUUGGCAACCCUUCGACGCCAGUUUCUUGCGUUCCGAGCCCUGUCAUAUCCGCCCUUGGAGACGUUACGCCCUUGCCGUCUCCUCUCCUGUCCGGAGACUCCCCCGGUCCUUGGAAACUUCUCAGCGCUCGACCUCCGUCCCGCGAACUAAUGCCUAACCCUACGCCCGACUCCGUCCUGGUCUCUGCAUCAGGCGAGUCAAUAGCGGCGGCCCUUGCCAACGCUUCGAAGCGAAAAGUGUAUGCUGGCCUCGGACCCGACGGUACUGAAGGCAAGGCCGGCGCGUCGAGCCACACUGGCCCACAACAUGGACGUAACCGAAGUGUCAGCGAAUACAUACCAGAGCCGUCGUCAAUACCGAGGCGGCAUGUCACAGUCUCAGGCUCCCAUGUUAAGCCGGAAGAGACUGCGGAGGCUGCUGAGCCGCAUAUCAAGCGCGAGGUAAACUUGGCCGAGUCCCGAGGCCUUGCACAGACAGUGGCUCAACCUCCUACCCCGCCCCCCAGUGAGUCGUCUAAAAGCGAUUCGUCCGCCGGCAGUAAAUCCAAACCCCAAGCUGAGUGCUUCGAGGGUUACGGUCGAAAUGAUGGAAAGAAACGAAGAUGGAUGGCCGUCAAGCUACUGGGUCAGGGCACUUUCAGCCGUGUCAUGCUGGCAACGAGUCAAAUGGGUGCCGAUGAAGACGACGCAUCGAACACAGCGCAGUCUGAGACUUCAACGCUUGAACACACCCAGCUUCCCAGAAAAACCCUGGUCGCAGUAAAGGUGUGCGAGCAUGGACCCAGAGGUGGUGCGAGCGAGGAGCGUAUCGAGAUGAGUCUCAAGCGCGAGUUGGAGAUCAUGCAAAGCAUUGACCAUCCUUCACUGGUUCGCCUGAAGGCGUGGGCCAUCGAGCCCACGCGAGCCGUUCUUGUGCUCAGUCACUGCCCUGGCGGUGAUCUGUUCGAUGUAGCCACAGGCCACCGAGAGGUGCUCAAGCCGUCGUUGCUUCGAAGGAUGUUUGCCGAGUUGGUGGGUGCGGUCAAAUAUCUGCAUGAGCGACGGAUAUGUCACCGAGACAUCAAGCUCGAGAAUGUUCUCGUGAACCCAUCUCCCGCCGAGCUUGCGGAUGAUUCGAUAGACUGGGUCACGUAUCCUUACUCGGUCAUCACAUUAGGUGAUCUCGGACUGUCCCGCCGCAUCGCCGAUGACGAAAAGCUCGAGACGCGCUGCGGCUCAGAAGACUACGCCGCGCCCGAGGUGAUCAUGGGUCUGCCUUACGAUGGUCGUGCUACGGAUGCCUGGUCGCUGGGCGUACUCCUGUAUGCACUCCUCGAGUCGCGUCUGCCGUUCGAUCCUUUGCCCGGCUCCGGAGCCGAUGCCCAUCGCAUGCGUAGCAGGACGAGCCAUAGGAUAGCCCGCGCCGAGUGGCGCUGGAUUGAGUAUGCCGGUGACGAUGGUGACCAUGAUGCCAGUAUUGCAAAGUUCCGCGAGAAAGGCCUUGUGGGCGCAAUGGAAAUUACCGAAGGCCUACUCAUGAGGGCCAGAACUCGCUGGACGCUUGACAAAGUGCUAGCGAACGAGUGGGUUAACCAGGCGGUGCAGGUCGACGGCGGCAUUCGAUUCCGGGAAGAAGUUGAACCGGAGGAAGUGCGCUGA